CGGUCAAGGGUAUGACCUUUGAGACUGUUUGAAGAACCGUUCUGUUCUGAAAACUAUAAUCCAGACUGAAAGCAGCGUUUUAUUGCGUACCAGCUUAUGAAAAAGUCGCACACAAUUCUUCUCAGAUAACCUGCCAGUGUCCUAAUCUUGUCCUUGUUGCUCAUGGCUGAUUAUCUCGAUCACACCGUGAAUUGCACUCCCUGCUACUGGUCAUGUGACCUGUGCACAAAGGGUCCAGUCUUCACUUGGUCCAACUUAUUGGUUUUCAGACAAAAAGAAAACAACAAAGUGAUAGUAAAGAUAAGACUUGGAGAUAAUUAACUGCAAAUCCAGACUCAACAAACGUAACACUCCAUCAUCCAUUGGUUGUGAAGAAGGGAGGAGGUUUGUUGCUGUGAAGUUGAAUGAUUUGAGUGUGAGUGGAUGUAAAAUGUGGUCUCGGUUGUGAGGACUGUUAUAUAAAAGGCGACCCAUCUCAGUAACGUGAAGUCCAACCAUGAGUCCAUGCGUCUUCUCAAUCUUGGUGAUUUUGUGGCCAGUAAUGGUUGUGGAGAUGUCCACCUUGGAGGGCCAGCAGAUCCUCCAAGCCUUGCACUGUCCGCCCUGUGAACGCAUCCAUUGUUCCCCUCGUCGAGCGCUGAAACUCCAGUGUCAGGGUGGAAUCACCACUGGGAUCUGCGGUUGUUGUCCAGCCUGUGCUAAACUCGCGGGAGAACGCUGUGGAGGCACCUGGGACUACCUGGGGAAAUGCGAUGAAGGGCUGGUUUGCAUUUACCCAGAAGAAACAGGUGGAAACCCAGAAGCACAACGCAAGGGAACCUGCAAAUCAGGUACCACUGAAGCUGGAGAUGUCAAGUUAAUCUGUCUAGAUCAGGGGUGCCCAAACUCGGUCCUGGAGGGCCGGUGUCCUGCAGAGUUGUUAUUUAGAAUCUGA